GGACUCUGUUCCCAAGGUGAUGGAACCAGGAAAUGGCACCUACCAAAUAAAGCAUUACCUUAACAGUAGUCAGGCAGAUAGGGAGGUGAGAGAAAAAAAGUUUGUCUGCCAUUGCUGUUGCCCGUCACCGUGUCAGUGAGAAGUAACCACAGAUAAAAUAUCAGGAAGACAUCAUGAAGGUGGACGACAAGUUUCAAAUUCUGAAAUUCUUUGCAGCAGUUUUCAACUCUGUUUUCCUGAUUCUGGGGCUUUGUAUCUUUGGAUGUGCGGUAUGGAUCUUGUUUGACAAAGACAAUUUCAUUUCUGUUCUCAGCUCUGUUGAGGUGAAGACUGUAGCUGGGGGACUGUUCAUCAUUGGCCUGGUAGUGGUUGGUGUCACUAUCCUGGGGUGUAUGGGAGCCCAACUGGGGAACAGGUGCUUCCUACUACUGUAUAUGGGCUUCCUGAUCUGCAUCGUCCUUGGUCAGCUGUUUGUCACCUUCAUCCUUUUGUUAAAUCAUGGAAAGAUCACAUCUAAGAUGAAAAUAGAAGUGGAUAAGAUCAUCACUGAAUAUGGAACAAACCCUGAGAAUCAACGACAUUGGAAGCUUCUGGAUAAUGUACAGCGCUAUGGGCACUGCUGUGGUAUGCAGAGUCCUAAUGACUGGCAGAGCAACAUGUUCAUUAAGAACAACAGUCUGAUAGAGGUGUACCCCUGUUCCUGUUUCAACACCACGGACUGUCCUGCCGUCUCAGGAUUCAGCACACUGCUGUUUGGAAAUGGAACACAGAUCCAUCCACAGAGAUGUGUAGACAUAAUCACCAACUGGCUGAAGGAGAACACUUUGACAAUAGUGAGCAUGGAAGUGGGCCUGCUAAUCAUUCAGGUCCUCCAGUUUAUAGUGGCUGUGUAUCUGUACCAGACUGUUGGUCAGAAAGCCAAGCUGAGAAAUGUUAGUCAACUGAUUCGCUCUGAGGAACAUUGUGAACCAAACCCUGACUUCCUUGAUGACCCUGACUACCCUGACCAAAACCAUGCCUAUCCUGAACCAAACCAGGCCUAUCCUGAACCAAACCAGGCCUACGCACAUACAAACCUCGCCUACCCGGAACAAAUCCUUGCCUACCCUGAACAAAUCAUUGCCUACCCUGAACAAAUCCUUGCCUACCCUGAUGACCAACACCAGGCCGACUUCGGACCAAACCAUUCCUACCACCGCUAACCAGGACCAGAGUGUUUCUGUAUGACUGAAGACACUUUGGGCGCUAACAUUGAAUUGCUCAGUGGAGGCUGGUGGGAGGAUCAAUAGGAGGAUGGGCUCAUUGUAAUGGCUGGAAUGGAAUAAUUGGAACAGAGUCAAACGUGGCUUCCAUAUGUUUGAUACCAUUCCAUCAAUUCCAUUCCAGCCAUUACAAUGAGCCCGUCCUCCUGUAGCUCCUGCCACCAGCCGCCACUGGAAUUGCUCAAACUCUAAAUGCUCAGUUCAGUGCUUUCAGCCACACAGGCCUUCUACUAAAGAGGGUUUUCUGCUGACAAUGAGAACAAUCUUAGUUCAUUAGUUUCUAUUGUUUUUUACUGUUUAUGGCUUAAUGACCCGAUCAGCCCUAACUGGUCAGCCGGACCUCACCUUGUGUGAAUAGUUGUGUACGGUACUGGUCAGCCUGAACGGUUACUUGGAAAUGUAGACAUAAAGAAAGGUACCACCAUUUUGAAACUGCAAGCCGACUCCACCAUUGACCAAUAGAAACAACUUCUGAAUCCCUUUACAUUUCACAAGGUUGUUGUGCCUGCAGACGAACAGCGGUAACAGCCUUGAAAUAUUUCAUUGAGUUUCAUAGUGCAAUCAUUGAGUGAUGCCUGACAUUGGUGAUAAGUGAUUGGCUGUCUGUAAAUUACGCAUUAAAAUCUUCAAAAUGGGA